AUGGCGAUCUGCGCGCAGUCGUGUGGUAUUUUCUGCCUCUUUACUAUCCAAACUGUACUUGUCCUUUACGUGUCCACGCCGACCACCGGGACCCACCUCUUCCCCCAGCACUACACAAUGAUCCACUGGGCCGGGCGCAUUGAGAAGGAGCUGGAGAAAGUCCUGCAGCACGUCACCGGCACACAGCAGAUGAGAUCGAUAUAUAAUGAGAAGAAGAGUCAGUUCGAGAUCAAGAGGAACAACCCCGCGGACCUAGUGCAGCGCGUGGCCCGGGACAUCUCCAAACUGCUCAACAGUAAGAGGAAAGCACUGGAGAAACUGGCGAGGGAGGCGGAGCAGCUUCAGAAGGAGCAUGUGUGGCAGGACGGUGUGACGGAGAAUGCCAUUUCAUACUACGAUUCCAAAGCGGAUUCUGACUAUACAGAGGACGGAGAGGAAGAGAAUCCACUGGAGAGCUCCACAUCUUUAGAGUUGGAGUUUGUGGAUGAUCCCAAUUUUAAAAACAAGGUCAACUACUCCUCCAGUGCGGUGCAGAUCCCGACCGACAUCUACAAAGGCUCCCCUGUCAUCCUCAAUGAGCUAAACUGGACACAGGCGCUGGAGCGAGUCUUUAUUGAGAACCGCAGAGAGGACAGCUCCCUCCGGUGGCAGGUGUUUGGCAGUGCGACCGGUGUCACGCGCUACUACCCAGCAACGCCAUGGAGAGCACCCAACAAAAUCGACCUGUACGACGUCCGCAGAAGGCCAUGGUACAUCCAGGGCGCCUCGUCUCCAAAGGACAUGGUCAUCAUUGUGGACGUGAGCGGCAGCGUCAGCGGCCUCACGCUCAAACUGAUGAAGACCUCGGUCAACGAGAUGUUGGACACUUUAUCAGACGACGACUACGUCAAUGUGGCCCGGUUCAACGAAAAAGCAGAUGCGGUGGUUCCCUGCUUCAAGACACUGGUCCAGGCCAACGUUCGCAACAAGAAGAUUUUCAAAGAGGCCGUGAUGCACAUGCAGGCCAAAGGGACCACGGAUUACAAGUCGGGAUUCACGUUUGCCUUUGAGCAGCUCCUCAACGAGAGCAGUGCCCCCAGAGCCAACUGCAAUAAGAUGAUAAUGAUGUUUACAGACGGAGGGGAGGACCGAGCUCAAGAUAUCUUUGAGAAGUACAACUGGCCCAACAAAUCAGUCCGUGUCUUCACCUUCUCUGUCGGACAACACAACUAUGACGUCACGCCGCUGCAGUGGAUCGCCUGUGCCAACAAAGGAUACUACUUUGAAAUCCCAUCGAUAGGCGCCAUCAGAAUAAACACACAGGAGUAUCUAGAUGUUCUAGGACGGCCCAUGGUGUUGGCUGGACCCAGAGCCAAGCAGGUCCAAUGGACUAAUGUCUAUCAGGACGCGCUGGGUCUGGGUCUCGUCAUCACGGGGACAAUGCCCGUCUUUAAUCUGACUGCCGAUACUGCCAGUGCUCAGAAUCAACUCAUUCUUGGCGUGAUGGGAGUAGACAUCGCAAUUAAUGAGAUCAAGAAGAAGACACCCACAUACAGACUUGGAGCCAAUGGUUACACGUUUGCAAUCGACCCAAAUGGCUACGUUUUGCUUCAUCCAAAUCUACGUCCAAAGAUCAUUAACUUCAGGGAGCCCGUCACUUUGGACUUUCUGGACGCUGAGAUGGAGGAUAACAACAAGGAGGAGAUCCGUCGACAGAUGAUUGAUGGCAGUCCAGGGCAAAAGAAAAUCAAGACGCUCAUUAAAUCAGUUGAUGAGAGAUACAUUGACGAGUCGCUGAGGACGUACACAUGGACACCAGUAGAGGGCACUGAUUACAGUUUAGGGUUGGUGCUGCCCACUUACAGCGAAAACCACAUCAAGGCCAAUCUGAGCGACCAGAUUCUACAGGUGCAGUUAUCAUUCAUCAAGGAUUUUGAGUCACUGCUGCCAAACAGUUUUGAGUCAGAAGGACAUGUGUUCAUUGCUCCCAGGGAAUACUGCAACGAACUGGAGCUGUCCAACAACAACACUGAGUUUUUACUUAACUUCAUUGCACUCAUGGAGAAAGUGACACCAGAUUCUAAACAAUGCGAUAACUUGCUUCUCCAUAACCUCAUACUGGACACGGGCAUCAUCCGUCAGCUGGUGGAAAAAGUCUGGAAGAACAAAGAUCUCAACACAUAUGGGUUCCUGGCUGUGUUUGCUGCCACAGAUGGAGGCGUAACAAGAGUAUUUCCAAAUAAAGCUGCAGAAACUUGGGAGGAAGACCCGGAACCAUUUAAUGCCAGUUUUUACCGUCGCAGUUUGGAUAAUAAGGGCUACAUCUUUAGAGCACCGUAUCGAACUGCUCGAGAUGAGUUUUUAAACCCAGAGAACGACACCAUAGGCAUCCUGGUGAGCACAGCGGUGGAGAUCACAGUGGGAGGGAAGACCGUCAAACCUGCAGUGGUCGGCGUCAAAUUAGAUCUGGAAGCUUGGGUCGACAAAUUCAAAAUCCUCGCCAGUAACCACACUGACAGUCGGCAAGGCUCCAAUCAGUGUGGACCGAAUCGUCCGUGUGAAAUGGACUGUGAAGCCAACAGUGAUGACCUUGUGUGUUAUCUCGUGGACGAUGGGGGAUUUUUGAUCAUGUCCAAUCAGAAAGAAGACUGGAAUAAGGUGGGCAUGUUCUUCAGUGAGGUGGACCCUUACCUCAUGUACGCACUCUACAAUAACUCCUUCUUCAUCCGGAAGCAGUCGUUCGAUUACCAGUCCGUGUGCGAGCGCAUCCCCAACAGCGAAGCCGGAGCAGCUCCACGCUCUGUGUUUGUGCCUACGAUAGCAGACUUUGUGAAUAUUGCCUGGUGGACAUCUGCAGCUGCAUGGUCCUUAUUCCAGCAAUUUAUUUACGGACUUGCAUAUCACAGUUGGUUUGUCAGAGACGUGGAGGCCGGUGAAAGUGUGGACUCCAAAGAGAGGAGUUGUGUGAUGAUGCAGACGCAGUACUAUCUGACCAAUCAGAGCAGCUCCUACAACAUCCUGCAGGACUGCGGAAACUGCUCCAGGUUGAUCCAUGCUAAGAAGUUAAAUAACACCAACCUGCUGUUUGUGGUGGCUGAGAAGCUGCUCUGUAACUCCUGCGAGAUCGAGCGGCUCUCACAAGAUCAGGAAGAAUACAAAGAAGAAAAUCCUUGUGAAGUCUUGUCUACAGCACGAUACAGAAAAGGACCCUCCACCUGCUUCGACAACAACAACAACGAGAAUACGUCAGACUGUGGGCGGGGCUACUCCUUCCGCCCGUCUCUCUGCUCUCUGCUGCUCCUCCAGCUGCUCCUGCUGUACCCUGCCCUCAGCCCAUAUCUCCUCUCACACUAA